AUGUCAGUUGCAGUGCCAGGGUGCAUCGGUAACCCGACGGGGGCAUUGCUGAGGUCAGAACCCGGCACAGCAAAGCCACCAUCCUCUAGCGAUGGCACUUACAACGGUUCUGCAGACACCAACAGCCGGAAAAGGGCAAAGCCCAGCUGUCCACGGCACUCGCCGCCAGCAGUCGCAGAGCACUGGCCCUUGUCGACGGCUCUCGGGGGCCUCGCUGCGAUCGUCACGGCUCCUGGGAUGGCAAUCUCGGGACUCGGGGCCGCGCUGUUGUGCUCCGGGGCAUCGAUGGCGAGAUCGUCGGAUCCAGGCUAA